CACCUGCGGACGGCCGCUUGCGUUGUGGCUGAAACGUCGUGAGAAUUAUUAAAUGUUUUAUUUUUAUUAUUUUAUUAUUUCCCUUCUACGUGACUUUACCGAAAGAACCAAUAAGACAUCUUCUUGUUAUUUCCUCCGAUCGUAAAAAAAUUUUUUUUAAAGACAUGGCGGAGAGCAUCGCUCUGGCAUUGCUGUUGGGCGAGUUCGUAUCGGACGGCAGCGACGUCGAUUUGAUGGGCGCCUCUGUCGAGCUGGCGUCCGUCUCGAACGUGGCUCUGACAAUAGCGGCGGUGGUGGUGGUGGCAGACCGAGAGGCUCACGAUGAUGAUGAUGGGAGCCACCCUGGCCGAGCGCACACGUCGUACUCGGGAGCCACCUUCAGAGAUUUCUACCGGGUGGAGCGUUCGACGUUCCAGACUCUGUGCGAGCGUUUGGCGCCACAAUUCGCCAACAGAAGCGUGGGCAUGGAAAAGAAAAUCCUGUGCUCCCUUUGGUUGUUGGGCAACCAGGAGUCGUUUCAAGACGUUGCCAAGCGCUUCGGGAUGGGAAAAGGAACGUUGCACUACGUGUUCCGCAGCGUAGCGCAGGCUCUCUCCAAGUGCCAAGCGGAGGCCAUUCAGUGGCCUUCCGUCGACCAGUUGGCCAACGUCGCCAAAGGAUUUCGAGACAAAAGCGGAUUUCCCGGCGUCGUCGGAGCUCUGGGCGGAACGCACGUCCCCAUUCGCGGACCGCCGUCGUGCAGGAACGCGUACGUCAACAGGAGCGGCUUCCCCAGCAUUCACCUGCAAGCGGUUUGCGACAGCAGCCUCAGGUUCCUGGACGUAGACACGGGGCGGCCGGGAUCCACGGAGGGUGCCGAGGCCUUGAGGAAGAGCUCGCUGUGGAGUCGCCUCGAGGGCCUACGCACGAUGGACUACCAUCUGCUGGCGGACUCGGCAUACCCACUGGAAACUUUCCUGUUAUCGCCGUACACAGACGACGGACAUCUCAGCGAGCUUCAGAGGAACUACAACGAGGUCCACGGCUCAGCGAGGGCGGAUAUCGAGAGAGCUUUUGGGCUACUCAGGCGCAAGUGGAGGAGGCUCAAGUACCUCGACAUGACGGCGGUCGCUCACAUCCCAGCCGUUAUCAGUGCCGCGUGCGUGCUUCACAAUUUCUUGAUCGACAUCGAGAGGUUGAGCGGGGAUGAGACGGACCCGGAGACAGAGCCGGAGACGCACAACGACGAUGGAAAUCCAGGAUGCGCUAACCAGGACGUUGACCCGACCGCUGCGAGUAAAAGAGAUGGGAUUGCUCGUACGUUGGCCACGACUCCAUUCAGAACUUCGAGAACCAGCCCUGAGUAAACGCUUGCAAGUGUUGUAAAUGAUGCACUUGGCGGAAUUCAUUGAAAAGCAGUCGGCGAUCGAUGAGCCAGCACUCACCGAUUCGUGUGUACGUGUGUACGUGUGUAUGUGUGUAUGUUGAAACCCUUUUGCACCACGUAGCCAACCGUGCUAAUCGGAGGUGCAGGGGAAGGACAACAAACUAAACACAAAAAGCAAUCUUUGACGAUUCACUCCAAUCCCUCGCUCGUCGGCGGUCAGUCGCCUCCACGUUUCCCUUCCCUUCUAUCGCUACGACGCACGUCGCAGCGAGGUCGUCACUCGGGCGAGUCAGCGCGGGACAAGAAGUAAACGAUAAACUAAACCAUACUCUUUGGUUCUUUCGGUAAAGUCACGUAGGUAGAAAAUUAAUAGAUCACGACGUUUCGAUCGCAACGCAAGCAACCGUCAUCGGUUGAGACAAACAGCAGCAGAACUUCUGACGUAGGAGAAAGAGCUGCUGCAACAAGAGGUUAUAUAUGAUUUGGUGGGCCCAACCCAAGGGUAAGUGGGCGGAGCUAGAGAAGGAAUCUGUACGUAAAUGUAAGAGAACACGUUCCUUCGGAGUGGGCAGGUAGGAACUUGGUUGGACAGCGCAUUCGUGCACGACAGACAAAUAUGCACGAAAGACAGACAAAUAAUCCCUGGUGAGCAGUGUGGAACCUGUUGUUCCUACCUGUAGAAAAGAUCACUUGACUUGAGGUAGCCAGGCACCCAGCCAGGUAGCCAGCCCCCUUAACUAUCGGCCCCUCCCCCUUGCUUAGGCCCCUCCCCUUACCCCCCCCUCCUCUGACCCCCCCCCCCCCUCAGGCCCCUCUGCUGACUCCCCCUUCCUUAGGCCCCUCCCCUGACCCUCCUCCCUUAGGCCCCUCCCCUCUCCGUA